AUAUUGAUCAAAGAGGGAAAGGUCUCAGAAUGUCACAAGUCUGGCACUAGGCCGAAAGUUCCCUCGAGAAUCAGUCUUUCCUCAUCACCAUCAACCUUCAAUCCUUUUCAACAUCAGUUUACGAAACAUCUUUACCAAGUGCCAAAGCUCAAUCAGGCAAAAUGCGUCUUCAAUCAACCGCAAGCAUGCUCAUGGGGCUCCUCCUCUCUGGAAUGGUCUCGUCAGCUGCUGUCCCAAACCCGAAAGAGGGCAUCAUCACGAGGGAUCAGGCAGUCGAUAGUACUGGACUGACACCCCUUACCUUCAAUCUCGACGAGAUUUCACUUGCAACCCCGGGUCAGAGUGUGCAUGACUGCCACCCCGACGAAGAAGGGUGCAAGGCGAAGGCGAAGUUACUCGCAAGAGCUUCCCCUGCAACCCGCAGUAUUUGCGCCGCAGGCCAGACCUACACCCAAUCUGAAUGCCUCAAGUCAAACAUACUCCAGGUCUCUUGCCGAGACGGCAAUGGUCGGGUUUGGCGCAAAUGGGUUGUUUGCGAGGCAACCGAAAUCUGCGUUCAAAACGACAAAACCCCUCCAUAUGCCACAUGCAAGCCGGUUAUAGACCUUGUGCUUUGGCAUACCAACUCGGCUGGUGGAGAGGUAACGAGCGAGAAAUUUAUUCAUUCGACCAACAAGCAAUCCACCAGCAAAGUAGGAAAUAUGUACUUCGACAAGAACGGGAACUAUAUCAAACUUUUCAAGACAGACUUCUAUCGCGAACCUAGCAGUCUCUUUAUUGGCGAGACUCUUGAUGCCAACAGGGCUUAUUCUGAAUCAGUCGAUUGGUGGAACACUGCAAAUGUCAAGAUUGAUAUUAAGACCGGUGGAGCCGGAGGUAUUUCUGUUUACUCCUUCUUGGCCUAGGGUUAAGCAGGCAGUGAAAUCCUGUAAAGGCUUCUGUUUGCGAUCACAGCUUAGCAUCUCCAUUUUCUGGCAAUUCAAUGCAACGGCACAGGCAGUAAAGAUAUGGAGAAGCUGAACUGUGCAAGUCAGCAGAGGUUGUACAGUAGUUGCCUGUCUAUUAAGUUGAUGAAUUGGGAGACAACAGUGGGCCAAAGCAGAGUGUUCUUUCAUUCAUUGCACUUUGAAAACUUUCCUAGUGCUGGCUAUAGAAUUGUUGACUAUUGUAAUCUGAUAGAAUACAGAUCUAGAGUUUUAGAAAACCAUAC